AUGCGAGCCAUUCUCGUAAUCGUACUUUUUGGACUAGCUUCCCAAAAUAGCUUGGCACUUCCGAGCACAAUAUUGGAGCCACCACUAAUGUACGACAAUAUAGAUUCUGCUCUAGAUCCUGUUUUAACAAAGCUGGAAGCUUUGGAAAAUCGUGAAGCGGAGCAGACAAUCAUGGUUUCGACACUUCAAUCUUCGUAUGACAAUAUUUUGGAAAAACUGACAAGGAUAGAACAGCAAAUCACUGGACUCCAAAAAGAUGCCCAACUGGCCGUAGAUAUGAGGGAAUGGCUCGAGCCAACAGAAGGACCGGUGAUCGAGAAAAGGAAAGAGCGGUUGGUGGAAAAUUAUGAGAGAAUUGGAUCAAAAUAUUACCACAUUGAGAGCAAUGAACAACUUGACUGGCACGAGGCCCUGGCCAAAUGUAAAAGCUUGAAUGGCAGCCUUCUUAGCCUCAAAAGUGAAGCCGAGUGGAAGGCCAUUACAGCCCGGCUGGACAAAACCCUAAGCUAUUGGGUGGACAUCAACGAUCGUGAAACAGAGGGAGAGUUCAUGUCUGAAACUAGCGGAAAGGCAGCUCCAUUCCUUAAGUGGGAUAUCCACGAGCCAAAUAAUAUUGCUUUUACGAUAAACAACGAAAACUGCGUCGAGCUGCGGUCACAAUAUAAUCAUUACAUGAACGACAUCAACUGCUUCAACAAAAACCACUAUAUCUGUGAAGAGAACGUGACGGUUGUGUUUAUUUAG